UCCUCACCAAUCCCUCCCCUAUAGUCUAUACCACUUCGAAGCUGGUCCACAGAUGCACCACAGGACAACCCUCCCUCCUCCCCCGCCUUUGGCUGUCCUUGGCUCCUCCUUAGACAAGUUUAGUCAGGGGCAUCCGUCGCUCGAAAAGACCGCAGCCCAACCCGCAACGCACCAUGGCGCGCCUUGCUGCAAGGUCCCCGUCCCUCCAUGUCCCACCCACAUCUACAUACCAAAGUCCACCACCAUCUGUCUUUCCCAGGAACAUGGCAUGGUCUUACCGUCUUAGCCUCUGCCGCGAGACCAUGGGUCAAAGUCGACAGGCAGACGACAGCCGCAGCUCGAGCUCCAGAUGGCCACCCACACCCUGACUGAUCACCUAUACUCCGUACUCAUCUCCAUGUCCUUUUCCUCUCUGUCCUCCACACCCCUGCCCACUCACAAGAAUGUUUAGUCCGGUCUUUUUGAGCCAUGUCGAAACAAGCCGAGGGGCAUGUCUCCGGCCUAUCAUAGCCUCAAGGCCAUGCCUCUCCUUCUUCAACGGCCUGCCCCUGUACCCCUCGGUCGAUCCACAAUGCUUCGAAUCCCCUUGAUCUGAUGCCCAUGUCUGGUCUUGACUGGCCCAUUUGGCUCAACGCCUGUCUAAAAAGAACGCCAUGUCUCUCUCGUCCCAAGUGGACCGAUCUUGUUCAGCUACUCAUCCUCCCGGUCCGACCUCCAGUCCAUCCUUCUCCAGUCCUUCUGGGAUUACCGCCGUUCUCUGCUGCAGCUCGUGCUUAUUGCUUUUUUGCCUCUCCUUUCCCGUAUCCAUUCGUUUAGUCACUAAGUCACUCUCUGCACACUAAGCCCGGCAUAUUCUGUCCGUGGGGCCCUGUCAGUCACAGUCACUAAGGUACUCACUUCGUUUUUGCCCAUCAUCCCUUUUGGUCUGUUUCCGGUCUUAUAAGACCUGGCCUUGUCCGACCUCACAAUCCCAUUCUACUACUCCUCAUCCUCUCGGACCAUCACGUCUUCUCGCAUUCUUUGGGCUUGGAAAGAACUUGUCGUUUCGACAUCUUACCUUCUCUCACUUCUCAUUCAACAAAGGCUAGUCCUUAUUCUUCUUCACAACUUCCAUCAACAUAUCCAACUCGCCUGGUGCAAAUACCAUCCUUUCCGGAAUCAAACGAAUAUCGAAACUUCGAGACCCAUCGACAGCUAUCCGAUUCUCAACCUUCACUCCAACACUUUUUUGUUGAAACAUCCCGCAACGUCAAAGCCUCCUAGCAAGACAAAGCGAGACGACAUUGUAAGUAACCUGGAAUGUUACGAGGACCCUCUUCAAAGGAACGGCACGCAGCCUCGGCCGUCCUGGGCCCGAUUCGAUGCCUUUGUCCGACAUCGCGGCCCGCGCUGUAUCACAAACAAUGUCAUUCUUCGAAGGCACCCAGUCCCGUCACACCGGGACUUUCACGGUCGUGGCUGUGGCUGGUUGCUUCGAGUCGGGCCUGUUGAGGAACAGAUGCGCUGUCGAAGAUGCUGGAUCUUGUGUAAUGGCUAGGUUGAGAUCGAGAACUAACAUGCUUUAUAAAGGUACUCAUUCUUCGGAAACCACAACUUCUUUCCAACUCAACUCACAGUCACAACGACAACCACACGAUACCUAGAUUCUUACGUCUGGAACGUUUUAGAUUCUUAACUUCACAACUCAAAAAACUCACUCAACAUGUACGCCAACGCAAUCGUCGCCUUCGGCCUGGCCACCCUCGCCAGUGCUCACAUGAAGAUGAGCUCGCCCGUCCCCUACGACGCCGCCAACCUCAACAACAGCCCCCUGGAUGCCAGCGGCAGUGAUUUCCCUUGCAAGGCUAGCAGCUACAACGCUGCUGGUGCCUCCAACGUCUACGCUCAGGGCGCCACCGGCGAACUCGCCUUCAUCGGUUCUGCUGUCCACGGCGGUGGAUCUUGCCAGGUUUCUAUCACCUACGAUGCUAAGCCCGACAAGAAUAGCGUCUGGAAGGUCAUCAAGUCCAUUGAGGGAGGCUGCCCGGCCAAGAAUACUGCCGGCAACCUCGGUGACAAUGCCAACCAGCAGGGCAAGGACACGUACGAUUUCACCAUUCCCAAGGACAUCCCCGCCGGUAACGGUACCAUCGCUUGGACUUGGUUCAACAAGGUCGGAAACCGCGAGAUGUACAUGAACUGCGGACCCGUCACCAUUACCGGAGACGCCGGCUCUCAGACUGCCUAUGAGGCCCUUCCCGACAUGCUCGUUGCCAACAUCAACGACUGCAAGGUCACUGACAGCACCGAUCUCAAGUUCCCCAACCCAGGCUCUUCUGUUGACAUCUUUGCUUCUGGCGAACUCACCGAGCUCCCCGAUACCCCGGCCUGCAAUGCGCUCAAGGCUGGUGGUGGUUCCGGCGGCGGCUCUACCGGCUCUCCUGCCCCCAGCUCUACCGCCGGUAACGGAGGUGCCGCGCCCACUUCUGCUCCUACCUCCGCCCCGGCUUCAUCCAAGCCCUCCGCUUCCAAGCCUACCGGCAACGCCUCCCUUCCCGGCGGCGUCUUCAUCACCGUUCCCGCCAACGGUGGCGCCUCGGCCACUCCUACUGCCUCUGCCUCCGCUACUAAGGCACCUGCAGUUACUCCCAGUGCUGCCCCUUCUGCCGCUCCCUCCGCCGCUCCCUCGUCUGGCACCGGAAGCGGCAACGGCACCACCGCCGGUGCUCAGACUGUCGGCGCCGCCUGCACUGAUGAGGGCGCCUGGAACUGUGUCGGAGGCAGCUCCUUCCAGCGCUGCGCUAGCGGUACCUGGUCAUCUGUCCAGGCCCUCGCUGGCGGUACCUCUUGCACUGCUGGCAUCAGCGCCGAGUUGAGCAUGGUUGUGACCCGAAACGGCCGCAAGCGUGCUCUCCGCCAGCGCUCCCUUCGCUUCCGUUCCGCCUAAGCUGGUUGAUGGCGGACUCUUUUAACGAACGGUUUAGCAUUUACGGGAUAUGAUACCUCGGGAGCACACUGGUCGAGUCAUGAUCAACAUACAGGAUACGACACAUUCAGAUCUACGGCGUUUUGUUUUUUCUUCUCCUUGAACAUUUACAACCAUUUUUGUAUAUAUCACUGUACACUUUUUCGCAUGCCCACAUCAGGGUCACAUGUUUAGAUCACUCUUGGUCAAUAGGGGGGAAAAAGUGAGAGAUCUUCAAUAGCAUAAACAUUU